AUACGGAUGAUCCCAGGCAGCGGCUGGCUGGUGCAAAAUUAGUUUGUUUAAACAGCUCGAUCUGUUAUGAUGCAUUUGCUCUCUCUUCCCACUUCAUGUGCAAUUAAUUAGACCUCCCUUUAAAUUUCCAGCAUCUUAUUUGUGUUAUAGCGACUUAUCGGAGACAUUUCGAGUUAUUCAUCCAUCUCCAGUCGCGCGUGGAGAGCGUACGCUGUCUGAGAAGACACUUUUGGUACCCUUUGGAUGGGAGGUUGGCGUGGAAGGCUGUCGGUCAGUGAUUGUGUGGAUUAAGCGGGGAGGAAGUAACGUUACUUGUAAAGGUGCGGUGGUGAAAAGGUCUCUCUGUUGAGAUUUGAUUUGACUUCUCGGGUUUAAUGCGGACGAAAGCUCGCGCUCGAGCGAGGUGCGUCGACGGGCGGGAGGAGAAUGGCACGAGCUUCCGAGUAUCUGAGGGGAAAACAAGUACUUGGCUUUCUUGAGGGGCGUCGGGCACAUUGCGCAGGAAUUUGACUGUCCCUCAGGGUACGUUUUUCGGGAUAUUUGUCCGUUACGUCGAAAGGAAAAAGAAAACCUAUUGGAUUUUAGUGGCUUUGGAUAUGUGCUUUGGGGAGUUGGAUGCCUUCAUAUCGCACGCACCUUUGAAUUUAGUGUGAAUCCAGUGGAGCACAACAUGGGAAAAUAUGACAAGUGAGAAGAUUCGGUUCCUCUGACCCUCGGUGCUUCAAGCCGGACUGGCGUUCCUUCUGCUAGGUGUAAAAAUGGAAAAACUGCUUGUCUGCUUGUUGGUUAUCGGAAUGGCAGUGAAGGCCCAGAUCUGUCCCAAGCGCUGCGUCUGUCAAGUUUUAUCCCCCAACCUCGCAACACUCUGUGCCAAAAAAGGACUGCUCUUUGUUCCGCCCAACAUCGACAGGCACACAGUGGAGCUCCGGCUAGCGGAUAACUUUGUCACCAGCAUAAAACGGAAAGACUUGGCCAACAUGACCAAGCUGGUGGACCUUACUUUGUCUAGGAAUACAAUAAGCUUCAUCACUCCACAUGCGUUUGCGGACUUGGAGAACCUACGAGCCUUGCAUCUAGACCACAACCGGUUGACGCGAAUAACCAACGAUACCUUCAGUGGCAUGUCUAAGCUGCAUCACCUGAUUCUGAACAACAACCAACUGACCCUCAUCCACAUGGGAACCUUUAACGACCUACUAGCCCUCGAAGAACUGGACUUAUCCUACAACAACUUGGAGACCAUCCCCUGGGAGGCCAUUCAAAAGAUGACCAGCCUACACACUCUUAGUCUGGACCACAACAUGAUCGAAUACAUUCCUGAGGGGACUUUUUCCCUCCUACAGAAGCUCAACCGCUUGGACGUGACCUCCAACAAGCUCCAGAAGCUUCCGCCGGACCCACUUUUCCAGCGGGCGCAGGUUCUGGCUACGUCUGGCAUAAUGAAUCCCUCCUCUUUUGCUCUGAGCUUUGGAGGGAAUCCUUUACACUGCAACUGUGAGCUUCUGUGGCUUCGGCGGCUCAAUCGCGAGGAUGACCUGGAGACCUGUGCCACACCUUUGCACCUCUCUGGACGCUAUUUCUGGUCCAUCCCGGAGGAGGAGUUCCUUUGUGAGCCACCCCUCAUCACCCGCCACUCUCACGAGAUGAGGGUCCUGGAGGGCCAACGGGUUGCGUUGAAGUGCAAAGCUAGGGGAGAUCCAGAACCUGCCAUUCACUGGAUAUCUCCCGAUGGGAAGUUGGUUUCAAACUCGUCUCGCACGCUGGUUUACAACAAUGGCACGUUGGACAUUCUGAUAAGCACAGUAAAGGACACAGGCUCUUUCACGUGCAUUUCCUCGAAUCCCGCUGGGGAGGCUCACCAGACCAUUGAGCUCGUCAUCAUCAAGCUUCCACACAUUAGCAACAGCACUAAUAACAUCCAGGAGCCUGACCCAGGCUCUUCUGACAUCUCCACUUCGACAAGGGCAGGAGCAAAUGGCGGCAACCACACUGGCGAUGCCAAGACCACCUCCGAUAAGAGGGUGGUUAUGGCAGAAGCCACCUCGUCCACAGCACUCAUCAAAUUUAACUUCCAGAGGAAUAUACCUGGAAUACGCAUGUUUCAGAUUCAGUAUAAUGGAACCUAUGAUGACUCUCUUGUUUACAGAAUGAUUCCCCCAACGAGUAAAAACUUCCUGGUGAAUAACCUGGCCGCCGGGACGCAGUACGAUCUCUGCGUGCUGGCCAUUUACGACGACGGCAUAACCUCCCUGACGGCUACGCGGGUUGUGGGCUGCGUGCAGUUCACCACCGAAUCUGAAUAUCUGCGCUGCCACUUCAUGCAAUCCCAGUUCUUGGGCGGCACUAUGAUCAUCAUCAUCGGGGGCAUAAUCGUCGCCUCCGUCCUCAUCUUCAUCAUCAUCCUCAUGAUCCGCUACAAGGUGUGCAACAGCGGCGACUCCACCAAGGGGACCUCGGUCACCGACGUGCACUCGCAAACCAACGGGGCACAAUCCCAGGGCUGUACCGUCACACCGUCUGUGUCCAAACAAGCUGCUUUGAGCUUGGAGGAGGGCGAGGGGUGUAAACAGAGCUCCGCCAUGCCUCUUCCUCCGCCUCCAGAUUCCCAAACCCACACCUCAGAAACCUCCAUCCCAGACUGCUCCACCUCCACUUCCCUGGUAAGCCAAAGCUGGACGACUCCCGGCUCUUCAGGAUCACUAAAGCCAAAGCGCAAACCAGCGCCAAAGCCUGUCCCAGUGGCCUGCACCGAGCCCAAAGUAGAGGCACUGCUGAACGCAGAGACGCAAAACACCAACCGCAACAACUCCACCGCUCUUCAGCAGCCGGUCCCAACCCCUCCGCCCCCUCCAUCCCGCUUCAAAGACACUCCGAUUUUAAGGAGGGCUUGUCCGUCUUCGUCCAAGUAUAUGACACUGCCCGUGGAAGGAGCACGGGCUAAACGCAGGUACUCUUUGAACGAGAACCUGUCGAAACAUCACUGCUACAUUGGCUCGCAGAAGAUGGGCAAUGUGUUUUGCAAGCGGAGUAUGUCCGUGAACGGAAUGCUAGUCCAAAUGGCAAACUCAAAUCUAGACAGUGAGAAAUCUGCAUUUUCCAGUUCAGAGUGGAUUCUAGAGAGCACCGUGUGAAUGUACGAAUGCUGGAAACAUGACGGAGUGCCUGCAUCUCAUUGUGUACGUGCUUUUGUGUGUGUGUGAGGGUGUGUAUACGAGCUCAUAGUAUAUAAAUGUGUGUGAUCGAAUGAAUGUGCACGUUUUGCACCAUUUCUUUUGUUUCCAUCCACAAAUCAUAUUUUCUGCUGUCUUUUUAUUAAUUUUUUCUGGAAACCCAUGGAUUAAUGUGGAUAUUUGCCUUGAGGGAGGUGUUAGAGCCACUCUGAGCAAGAUCCAUCAUCCGAGAGAGACACGCCUCCAUCUUCACUGCACACGCCGAGUGUUACGGUAAGAGGAAAGCAUCGGUGCCUUCCUGUGUCCUCUUACCAGGGGCUCCUACUGGACACGAGCUUUGUGUCAGUUACACGGAUGGAAGGAAACAUUAGAGAUUUCACAAAAAAGCCUUUCUAUUCAAGGAAAUGACAUUUCCUGCAUAUUAUAGAGGAAAAAAAAAAACAACUAUAUAAGGACUUGAUACUGGGACCUGUUAUUAAAUUGAUAUUUUUUAAAAAAUCAAAGCGUUUUCUUUUCUGUGACGUUGAUUUUGCCUUUGUUUGAAGGCAUAAAAAAACCAUGUACAGGAAGGCAACAUCUGCUGUGUUCUUAUGUUGUGUAAAAUAAUA